AUGCUCGACGAAGAUAUGAAUAUUACUACAAGUGAAACUGAUAUAUAUCGAAUGUUAUUAAAAAAUUCUUGUACAUUAUCAAAUGAUUUAUUAGAACUUCAACAAAUUGAAUAUGAACAAUGUAUAAUACUUGCAGAAAUCGAUCGUAUUGAUGUAGAAAAGCAACGAUUAAAAUACUUAUUAAAUCUACUACAAUCAACAAAAUCAAAUGGCAGAAAAAAAAGCCAAAAACAUCAAGUUAAACGUAUUAAUUCGAACCCAAAAUCUGAUUAG